AUGGAGGCCGCAGAUGCCCUGCAGCCACUGUCCAUGCUGCCCGCGCAAUCGCGGGAGAAGCGACCAGAGACCAACCACUACUUCUACGAUCCCGCCCUCUUUCCCCACCUCGACGUGCUCACGCAACACGCCGAGCUCAUCCUUGAGGAGCUUCGUGCCGCGCUCGGGUCAGCCAUCGUCUCCGCCGAGUCACGCAACGGUGCCGAGCUGUCUGGCGUCUGGUGCGAAGACAAGCAGUUCGACGAUUUCUAUCAACGCACCAAAAAUCAACAGGGUUGGUUGCACUGGUGGUCAGUCAACAACCCAGACCGGCCCAACAACGACUGGACCAUCUUCGGACUCAUGAACAACGGCCAGUACAUGACCGAAAACUGUGCUUUGUGCCCUCAAACAACGCGGCUGCUUGAGCAGGUGCCGGGCAUCCGAGUGGCGGGCUUCUCUCGCAUUCAGCCUCGGUCCGGCAUCGACACCCACAAGGGCUUUACGGGUCGCAUGUACGGGGCGUUGGCCUAUCACUUGGGCUUGCUGAUCCCCUCAUCGGGCGCCAGUCUCGUGUGCGGACCCGAAGUGCACCAUUGGCGAAAAGCGGGCGAGGUGAUCGUGUUCGAUGACACCUACCCACACUCGGCCUGGAACGACAGCGACUCAGAACGGAUCAUCCUGUACAUAGAUUUCAAAGUCCCUGAGGAGGUUGUGCCCAGGCUGCCACCGCUGAACUUGAGCGAGUUCGUGUCUGAGUCUGACUCAGAGGACGAGGAGGAGAACCAAAAGCUGCAGCAGUGGCUCAACCUUGUGAAGGAUAAGCACAGCUGA